AUGAAAGAAAUCUAUGAGCGGCUGGAAGAAAAACCAUUUCAAUAUAUUGAUGUCUACGUAUUUUCUGAUGGUAUAGACACAAGUCCUAGAAAAAAAGAUCAAUCAUAUCAAGUAAUUGCUCGUCGUUUGCACGAAAAGAUUGGUGCGAAAUGUCAUUUCAUGAAUUGUGGUUCGGCAUCAAGUGGGUAUUGUGUGGCGCCUUGGUUAGGAGAUCCUGAUGCCGAUUGUCCAAUUUCUGGUAAUGUUGACGAAAUUCGGGCACAAGUCGCAUCUAGCUAUGGACAACAUCAUCUGCGUGGGAGUGCACGAUCACCUCAAACAAGUGCAUUUUCCUCUUCCCUACAAGCCACAAUGACGAACGACGAAUUAGAAUCACUUCGUAAACUAACAUCUCAAUGUCCAUCAGCCACUGCAAAUGACUCACUAACGAGCGCUGACAGUGCACAGCUUGAUAUCAUAGAAAUUAAGGAUAAUUGUAUACACGACAAUACGAAUUCCAAUCAACAUUCAAGCUAUGCAGUGCCAUCAAAUCGAAAAACGAGUGGAAUUGCUUUUUCUCCAUAUUUUGGUGAGGUUAAAUAA